CCUAAUCGUCAAUCGCCCCCCAAUCCAUUUUUAUUUCCCGAGCACAGGGAUAAAUAACUGAUCGGUGUAGGACCAGCAAUGAUGACAGCUCCCACGCCCUCGUUGUGUAUAAAUCUCUGGACCUCCGUAGCGGUGGAACCCUUCCUUCCUUCCUCUCUUUUGACUUCAGUCUAAUUCCGGUUUUGGGUCUGGUUCUUACUUCAUCCCACCCUCUCGCCGUCCCUUUUAUUCGGUCCUCCCUCCCUCGUGCUCCCGUUCUACUUCUUCCCACACAAUCUUAUCAGUGAACCACCUUAUCGACGUCAUUCCCAUUGUUUCCCGCCACCCUCCAAAACAUCUCGCCUUGCGACCAUGCAAGGCCCAUUGUACAUUGGGUUCGACCUUUCGACCCAGCAAUUGAAAGGUCUGGUGGUCAAUUCCGACCUGAAGGUCGUCUACGUGUCGAAAUUCGACUUCGACGCCGACUCCCGCGGCUUCCCCAUUAAAAAGGGCGUGCUCACCAACGAGGCCGAGCACGAGGUGUUCGCCCCCGUGGCAUUGUGGCUGCAGGCGCUGGACGGCGUGCUGGAGGGCCUGCGCAAGCAGGGUCUCGACUUUAGUCGCGUCAAGGGCAUUAGCGGCGCCGGCCAGCAGCACGGAAGUGUAUACUGGGGGGAGAACGCCGAGGUGCUGCUCAAGACCCUGGAUGCGAACAAGUCCCUGGAGGAGCAGCUGAGUGGAGCCUUUUCGCACCCGUAUAGCCCCAAUUGGCAGGAUUCCAGCACCCAGAAGGAAUGUGAUGAGUUCGACGCCUACCUGGGCGGCCAAGAGCAAUUGGCGGAUUCGACGGGAAGCAAGGCUCAUCAUAGAUUCACAGGUCCCCAGAUUCUCCGCUUCCAGCGAAAGUACCCCGACGUGUACAAGCAGACGUCACGCAUCUCCCUGGUGUCCUCGUUUCUGGCAUCCUUGCUGCUGGGCCGCAUUGCCCCGCUGGAUAUCUCGGAUGCGUGUGGUAUGAAUCUGUGGAAUAUUCAGCAGGCCGCGUAUGAUGAUCGACUCCUGAAGCUCUGCUCCGGCCCCUUCGGCGUGGAAGAUCUCAAGCGGAAGCUGGGGGAUGUGCCUGAGGACGGCGGAAUCCGCCUGGGUAAAAUCGAUCGGUAUUUCGUCGAGCGAUAUGGAUUCGCGCUGGACUGCACGGUGGUCCCGUCGACUGGCGACAACCCGGCCACGAUCCUGGCCCUGCCUCUGAGACCGUCGGACGCGAUGGUUUCGCUGGGAACUUCGACUACAUUUCUCAUGUCGACUCCCAGCUACAAGCCCGACCCGGCGACGCAUUUCUUCGACCACCCGACCACGCCGGGCCUCUACAUGUUCAUGCUGUGCUACAAGAACGGCGGUCUGGCGCGCGAACUAAUCCGCGAUGCGAUCAACGAGAAGUUGGGUGGCAAUGCGUCCGAUGUGUGGGCGAACUUCGACAAGUACACGUUGCAGAGCGCUCCAUUGGGCCAGAAAUCUGCAUCCGACCCCAUGAAACUGGGUCUAUUCUUCCCCCGACCUGAGAUCGUCCCGAAUAUUCACAAGGGACAGUGGCGAUACACCUACGAUCCUAAGGGCGGCAGCCUCCGUGAAUCUAGCAGUGAAUGGGACAAGCCUCUGGACGAGGCGCGCGCGAUCGUCGAAAGCCAACUGCUCUCUCUGCGUCUGCGGUCCCGCGGUCUCACCCAGAGCCCCGGCGAGGGUAUCCCCCCUCAACCCCGCCGAGUGUACCUUGUCGGUGGCGGAUCCAAGAACAAAGCGAUCGCCAAGCUGGCGGGCGAGAUCCUCGGCGGCAGCGAGGGCAUCUACAAGCUGGAGAUCGGAGACAAUGCCUGUGCGCUGGGCGCCGCAUACAAGGCGGUCUGGGCGAUUGAGCGAUCGCGCGGACAGACCUUCGAAGACCUGAUCGGCCAGCGAUGGAGAGAAGAGGACUUCAUCGAGAAGAUCGCCGACGGGUACCAGCCGGGAGUGUUCGAACGGUAUGGCAAGGCUGUCGAGGGAUUCGAAAAGAUGGAGGCUCAGGUCUUGAAGGAAGAGGCAGGCCGCAAGCGGUAAAAAGCCACGAGAGUACGGGUUAUGAAUCAGUCUACGAUAUCUAGUUAUUUAAUGCGGGUAUGAGAUGUACUUGGUUUCGGUUCGGUAGAAAGAUAUCAUCUUUG